GAACAGCCGUGUGCAGACGCAACGCAGUUUAGCAAAGUGAAGAGAUGCUAGUGACCCAUACAAAGGGUUUGCAAAGUUGAGCUGCAAAUUCAGAUAGAAGGCCACCUGCAGUCGACUGAAACUCGAGAGAAAACAUUAUUUGGCGUGUCAACAAAGUUCGCGCUGUAGUUUCCGAGCGCUUUAAUUUUAAUAAACUUGCAGCAGCUUUAGCGACCUCGCGAGCGAGAUUCCAGAACAGUGCAAGUGCUAAGCUAAUGUUAGCGCCAGGGAAGCUACAUCCACAAGCGAGGAGCCAGACUGACAGCACUCGGAUUCACUUCAUGCAGCGGGGGAACUCUUUUGGGGCUGGUUCAAGACUUGUCUCGGUGCUCAGUAGUUCCCCUGGCAGCGCGAGACCAAGCGACACAAAGCUGGAGCUGCUGGUUAGCGACAGCUAACCAUAGCUUUAUCCUUCCAGCUGAGGAGUUAGCUAGUACCACCGCACAGCCUGCCUUCCGCCGACGUGCACUUCCCCCACUCUCCCUCCAGCCGGCUAGCCGCAGCGUUAGUCCGGUACAUAAGAUGAAGCGACCAUCAGCAUCUGGGGAAGCCGAGUGGUUGUUUGGAUUUUGCUGAUGUACGAGGAGACGAUAUUGUGUUUGUGAGAUCUCUGUCAAGGAGGUCAAAAUCUUUACAGGGGAUGGACGAGCAGAAAUCAAACUGCGAAGAGAAUGAUUCAGAACCAACAGCUGAUGACAGUGCCCCUGCAAAGCAACCUGCCUCUUCUGAGGAGGAGUCUAAAGGUCUCCCUGGUGCUGAGGAUAUACCCACUGCUCCUACAGCCUCUUCCAGCACACCUGUGGAGAACAUUAGAGCCUGCGUGCUUUGCAACUGUGUGGACCGGAGCCUGCAUGGGCAGCGAGAACUAAGACAUUUUGGGCCAUCUUCAGAGUGGCCAGCCCUCAAGCCAUCAGCUUCUCCACUGCCACAACCCGGGAAUGAUGACCUGUCUUCCAUUGGCUUUUCAAACUCCCCCUGUCCGGCGACACUAUUUUAUGAUUCAGGGGGUUGUUGGGUCCAUCAUUGGUGUGCGGUGUGGUCGGAGGGAGUAAAGCGGCUAGAGGAUGAGGAGCUGGAGAACGUGGAUAAGGCCGUUAUCUCAGGGACACAGCGGCUUUGCGAGUACUGCAAAAGGCUGGGUGCAACCAUUCGAUGCCAUGCUGAAGGCUGCUCACGGUUCUACCACUUCCCCUGUUCAGCAGCUAGUGGGUCUUUCCAGUCCAUGAAGCAGUUGUUCCUCCUCUGUCCAGAACACAUAGACAAGGCUGAGGUGUUGGCAGGCGAAGAUGCUUGGUGUGCGGUCUGUGACUCAGCUGGUGAGCUCACAGACUUGCUUUUCUGUACUGGUUGUGGUCAACAUUAUCAUGCAGCUUGUCUUGAGAUUGGUGCCACACCCAUCCAGCGGGCAGGAUGGCAGUGUCCUGAGUGUAAAGUGUGCCAGACUUGCAGGCAACCAGGCGAAGACUCCAAAAUGUUGGUAUGUGAUGCUUGUGAUAAGGGCUACCACACCUUCUGUCUCCAGCCGGCCAUAGAUUCUCUUCCCUCUGACCCAUGGAAAUGCAGAAGGUGUCGUGUAUGCACGGAGUGCGGUGUCCGUGGACUGGCGCUGCCAGGUUCAGCACAGUGGUUUGAUAACUAUGCUGUGUGUGAGAACUGCCAGCGUCGCCGCAGCUCUGUGUGUGGAGUUUGCACCAAGGCGGCCAGCCCAUCUGUUGCUCUGCAGUACUGCAGCAUGUGCCACAGGUGGGUGCACAGUGAGUGUGCUUUACCAGGGGAGCUUCCAGAAGCCAAGUGCGUUUGCUUGCUUUGUAAGGACGAUCAUCAGCAGUCCGUCACCCAACCACACAAAACGGAAGCAUCUGAGGAGAGUGAGGUGGCCAUCAACACACUGGCAGAUGUGGCGACAGAGAAGCAGACUGGCUUAUUAGACGUGACACCAGGACACGGAGGCAAGUUAGAGAUGGAUCAGGUGGAAGGCAUGAAUGACACAGAGACACCCAUGGACUUAGGGGAGGAGGCUACAGAUCUUGUUAAAACGGAUAGUGAGGAGAGAACCAUGCAGAAGGAGCUGCUGGUAGCCAAAGAAGAAUUAACUUCUGAGGUGCCCACUACUCUACUAGAGUCUACAGUAUGUGCAUCAACAGAACAAGUGGAUUCUUGUCUACCUACUGAUGGAGAGAAAGCAGAAGAGCCACAAGAGACACAAGCCACUGCUUCCCAGGAGCCCACAGCAGAAACAAAGUCUAAUGGCCCUGAUGUAGAACCAACAUCGGUUUCACAACAGGCGUCUGAAAAUAUGGAGGUGGAGAAGCAAGAGGCGACUGCAUCCGUGGAGAAAGUAUCACCAGAGUUAUUAAAGUGUGGCUCUGAUCAUUCGAUCACGGAACCCUUCUCUAAGAAACAACCAGAGUUACCUGCUUCUCCCUCCUCUGUGGACAAAAUGGAAGAUUUGUCCAUGGUCGAUCCGCUGGAAAGGAGUCCAUCCAGGGACCCCCAGUUUCCGUCUCACCUGUCUUUAUCAGCAGACACAGAAGAUGACUUUUCUGCUGUGGAUAUAGAGGGAAGGUUACUAACUUACUCUGAGGAUGAGGAGGAGGAAGAUGAAGAUGAUGAGCAAAUGAAAGAAGGAAUCCAUGAUGGCAUAAAACAUGAUUUGCUGCUGGAUGAAACUUCUAAUAUGAGCCAUGGAGAUGGGAGCAGUAGUGGCUUUAUGGGCUCACCAGGAGAACCUGAUCCUCAGCUCUCCAUGGAGUUUGGCCUUGUACCAACUGACUGCUCACAUGCAGAUAACCUGCUCUCUGAGACUGAUGAUUCACUUCCCUUUGAAUCCCUCAGAAGUGACAGAGAGAAGGUGAAACGUAGAGGAUCCCCAGGCCGCUCAAGGAUGAAACAGGGGCGAAGCAAUAGUUUCCCAGGGAAGCGUAGACCUCGAGGAGGAGGAGGUGGUGGAGGGAGAGGGCGUGGGGGGAGGUCACGCCUCAAAGCCAUGGCCUCCUGCAUUGAUGCUGUUUUGCUAAGUAUGAACUUAGACUCUGGAGUAAAUAAGGAAGAAGAGGAGGAGGAGGAUGACACCAUGCAGAACACAGUGGUUCUUUUUUCAAAUACAGAUAAAUUUGUUCUGCUCCAGGAUAUGUGUGUUGUGUGUGGCAGUUUUGGAAAGGGUAUGGAGGGGCAGUUGUUGGCUUGUGCUCAGUGUGCCCAGUGUUACCAUCCUUACUGCGUGAACAGCAAAAUCACCAAGACAAUGCUCCGUAAAGGCUGGCGGUGUUUGGAAUGUAUUGUGUGUGAAGUAUGUGGAAAGGCCUCGGACCCCUCCCGUCUGCUGCUGUGUGAUGACUGUGAUGUCAGCUAUCACACCUAUUGCCUGGACCCUCCCUUGCACACUGUACCCAAGGGUGGUUGGAAGUGCAAAUGGUGUGUGUGCUGUGUGCAGUGUGGUUCCAACUCACCGGGGUUUCACUGCGAGUGGCAGAAUAACUACACGCACUGUGGCCCCUGUGCCAGUCUUGUCUCCUGUCCAGUAUGCAAAGAGAAUUUCAUGGAGGAGGAGUUGCUACUGCAGUGUCAGUACUGCGAUCGAUGGGUCCAUGCCGUCUGCGAGAGCCUGUACACAGAGGAUGAAGUGGAACAAGCUUCUGAUGAAGGCUUUGCAUGUACAUCCUGCACUCCAUAUGUUCCAAAACCAGUGGUAGUAGAGUCAGCGAUUAUGGCUUCAAUUAAGCUCAAAGAGCCAGAACCCCAGUUCUACCGAUUGGAGGGUGUGUGGUUGACAGAGUCAGGGAUGUCCCUGCUUCGCAGCAUAUCCAUGUCUCCCUUGCACAAGAGACGGCAGCGUCGCUCCCGUCUUGGCACUCUGUGUUGUGAAGGAGGUUCUGAUGGAAUAGAUCUCAGGGAGGUCGAUGGAGAAGGGGAGGACGGUAAAGGCUGUGGGGACACGAUGGGCUGUGGGGACCCGAUGGACUGUGACUCCAAGAUGGAUAACCCUGGGAGUCCAGAGAGGGAUGCAGGUGCUGAGGGAGGCAAUGAUGGUAUGGCUGAUAGUGAGGGUCUUAAAGGGGGAGCAGAGGAGAUGGAUGACAGUAAAAAAAGAAAGCGGAAACCUUACAGGCCAGGAAUUGGAGGCUUCAUGGUGCGUCAAAGAAAGUGUCACACACGAAUGAAGAAAGAAUUUUUUGCCCAGCUGGCUGGAGAGACUAUGUUGGAUGGACAGCCAAUAGAAAGAACAAUUGAGGAAGCCUCUGUUGUUUUAUGCAAAGGACCGCACCCUGACACGGAUAACAUAAUGGAUCCUAAACCAGUGGAGGGUGAGGAACAGGCCAAGAAGCGACGAGGCCGAAAGAGGAGCAAACUGGAGGACAUGUUUCCAUCCUAUCUCCAGGAGGCUUUCUUUGGGAAGACACUAAUAGACUUGAGUAAGAAGUCUGUGAUGAUACCUCCAGGUCACAGACCAGGUACAUGCCUUGUCCGACCUUCAUUACCAGCACCACCAGGGGUCAAACCUACUGCCCUGGAGACUGAGGCCAAGGAUCAUUCUAUGGAAGAUACUUUUCCUCUCAAGCAAGAGGGGGGUGAGGCCCCCCAAGCUCAGGGAGAAGGUGCAGGACUUUCUGCACCAUCCUCAUUGCUACAGGACCAGGCAUCGACUGAUCCUCAUGAUUUCAUUGCAGUUAAAAGUGAAGGUCUUCCACAAGGGGUGGAGAGUCAGGACUCUGAGCAGUUCUUCAGGAAGGUUUUAGGUGUGUCAGACGGCUCCACUUUAGGGAGCAUGAAGCCCAUCUUGGAGGGCAGUAAGGGAGAACUCGAUCGUAGUGCUCAGCCACAGAGAGCUCUCCUCUCAGGGUCUCUGCCCUCAGCUGGAAUGAUGGAUAACUUUCCUGGCCUCUCUCAGUCACAGUUUUUUGACAUGCGGGACCGAGGAGGGCUGUUCAGUCCAGAUGGAGGCGAGGAGAGCCCCUGGGCUACUCCCUCUACCCCAGCAACUCCUACAUCCCCACCAACCCCCACUGAGGUAGAGGGUGACGGGCUGUCCUACAACCAGCGCAGUCUCCAGCGCUGGGAGAAAGAUGAGGAGCUGGGUGAACUCUCAACCAUUUCCCCUGUGCUGUAUGCCAAUACCAACUUUCCCACUCUUAAACAGGACUACCCAGACUGGGCUAGUCGCUGUAAGCAAAUCAUGAAGAUCUGGAGGAAAGUGUCAGCUGCUGACAAGGCUCCAUAUCUGCAAAAGGCCAAAGAUAACAGAGCAGCUCAGAGAAUCAGCAAGGCACAGAAGCAGGCAGAGAGUCAGGUCUGCAGGCCAAUUAAGACGGAGCCAGGGCGUGUGAAAGGAGAAAGGCCCAGUUUACAUCUUCAGAUCCCUCCACCUUCAGGCUCUACAUCAGUCUCUUCUCAGCCCAGCUCGGCAGAAAGCUCAUUUCCUUUCCCUCCAGAUUCAGGAUCAUCCUCUGUAUUUUUCUCAGACGGACCUGCUAAAACCCCCGGUUCAGCUGAAAUCCGGACAGAUCCCUUGGCCAAGCUUCCUUCUCAGUCGCCCCAUUCUCACUCUCACCCAACCACACCCCUCUCCCAUGUAGGUGUCAGCUCCUUACAGACCUCUUCCUCAGGUUAUUCUGCUUCCGGCCCACAGGGUCCUCCUCAGGGACGGCCAGCCAGUCUUGGCCCCUUUGACAUGCAACCAGGAACUCCUGGAACCCCCAGACGGGCUCAACAGGUUGACCCCUACUUCAGAUCCCAGUUGCUGCAGCAGCAACAAAGUCAUCUAGCACAAUCACAGCAAGGCUCACAGGAGUCCCUAGGACCUCCAGAAAGUCCACGCUCAAGAGGUACUGGGCUUGGGGAGUCACCCAUAUUCUCGCCACCUCACAGUACUCACUUUGGAGACCCCUUUAGAACCCAGCAAGGGAUAGGGCGGCCAGAAUAUGGUUCACCCCCUUCAAACUCUGCCGUGACUUCAUCACCUGGAAGCACAGGGCAGUACAGGGCUGAUAUGACUGCACCAUCUCCACGUUCCUCUGCAGUUGGAAAGCCUGACAUGUCCACUGGCUCCCCAGCAGAGAUGAUGGAGUCUGGGGAUGGUUUAUUCAAGGCACCAAUGACACCACGAAUGCAACAAGGGGAAUGUGGUGCAAUUCACCCUGGAGCUUCACCUAACCACCCUUCUGAAGGCUAUAGGAAGUCUCCCUCCCACACUUUCUCUGAUCCCCACACUCAGCCCAGACCACAGUCAGGUGAUGGACUCCAGAGGCAACCUACAGCUCAACAGGAUCUAUGCCCUAAGGUGCCCUCGAGUCCACGGUCACAGGGCAGCUCUCCGCACACCCCUGGUGGACAUUCCAAUGAUGCAUACAAUGUCCACUCUCCAGCUACACCACGUUUUCAGUCCCCAGACUCUUGUUCACAGCCACCUUCAAGGCCACAGUCUAGAGACCAUUUUACUGCUGUCCACAAACCUUCUCGUUCACCCUCUGUUGCCCCAGAGGGAACUGCAUGUUACAAAACCUCACCUCAUGCCAAUCAAACACCUUCAUCACUUCCCACAAACAGUUCCAUAGGGGAUCCUCUCUCUGGUAAACCCUCAGCAGCUCCUGAUUUCAGCCACAGCCCCAGCACUGGAGGCCUCCAAAUAAUCCAACAGCAGAGUCAGAUAGUACAGGGUCAGCCCCAGCAACCACAGCCACAAAUUCAGCACAGUACAGGGGUAGACAACUUUAACUCUAGGGUACCACAAUCUUCUGGGUCUCAAGAACUUCUAGCAGUCCGCCCUCCAGACACAGCUCAUCAACCAUCUCUGCAAAACACUCAAGAAAUGCCUGACAUGUCAGCAGUGCAGGACCCUACAUUAGUAGGCCUUAGUCCCUCAGAGCUGGAGAAGCACAGACAGCGCCAGAGACUGAGGGAACUCUUAAUCAGACAACAGAUGCAGAGAAAUUCCAUGAGACAAGAGAAGGAGGCUGCUGCCGCUGCUGCUGCAGCCGCUGCUGCUGGCAGUAUGUCCCCUGGCUGGUCUGGAGGAGAGGUGGGGACCUUUCAACAAGACAACAAAGUUCACAGAGCACCACCACCUUACCCACAGGAUCGUUCUGCUGCUAGUACUGUUGGAGCUCAGACUUCUGUGGCAGGGAAAAUACCCAUGGCAGUCGGAGGAAUGGAAGACAAGCUCAUUCGCCCACCACAUGCAGGAACUCCUGUCAUCAUGGAUCCUAAUGCACUAAAGUUACCAGGACCCACCAGACCUCAAGGCAUGUUUGCCCGUCCACCAUUCCCUCCUCAGUGGCAGGGCCAGGUCCCAGGCCCAAGGAGGUUCCCUCAGCCUGGCAUGGAAACAAGGCACAAUAUUAACCCUGUUGUCAACAUGCAGGGUAUGGAAAGCAUGGGUAACCCUCAUGCCAUGAUACCAGGACAUGGGGGAGAGACUAUGCAACCAAUGGCUCAAGGACCCCCUCCACAGUUCAUUGAAUUAAGACACAAUUCUCAAAGGCUACCACCACGACCCCAAUUUAUGCCCCGUGCAUCCCAGCCCAGACCUCGUCUCUUUCCACAGCAAGAGAUGGCAGCACCUUACAUUCAGCAACAUCCCAUUGCUCAAGUUGGUGGCAUUCAAGCAGCGGCGGGCAAUGAGUCACAGCUGGGACUGCAGCAGGGUGGACUGUCAGUUUUACUGCCACAGCCCCACCUACAGUCCCAGGCUACUUCUAAUACCAAUACUCCCGGCACUGCACAGCACCAGCUUCCCCAGGCAGGCCUACCAACAGUGCACCAGACCACAGCAGAGAGCAGUGAGGAACUGCCAGACCAUGAUCUUGACGGUCUUGGGGAGGCCCCAGGAGAUGGCGGUGUUGAGGAUGAGGAUGAUUUGGCACUAGACUUGGAUCCUGACAAAGGAGAUGAUGACUUGGGCAACUUGGACAACCUUGAAACCAAUGAUCCACAUCUAGAUGACUUGCUUAACAGUGAUGAGUUUGACCUGCUGGCGUACACAGACCCAGAACUUGACCAAGGAGACCCCAAGGAUGUCUUCUCCGACCAGCUGCGGCUGGUGGAAGCAGAAGGUGACCCAUCUUCGACUUCCUGUGGAUCUGCAUUAAUUAAAGUGGAACAGAAAGCCAAAUUAGAGCCAGGGGAGAGGUCUCUCACAUCAGGUGCUGGAGCUCCAGGUGGGCCUGCUAAGCAACUUCCAACCUCUGUAGAAACUGCUGAUAUGUCUAAGGUUAAAGUUGAAGACACCGGUCUGACCCCUCAGUUGCAGCCAGGACAGAUGGUAUUGAAAGAUGAAAUGGGAGAGGCCGUUUCAAUGCUUCUUGGUGGGAACACACCAUCAGCCAAGCCUACACAAACAGAAAACCAGUCAGCUUCACUCAGUUCUGUUCGAUUAGGGGGUCUUUCCUACCCCCUACCAGGUCAAGCUGAUCCAUUGUCUUUUCCUGCAGCUGCUCCACAUGCAGAUAUUGGUGAUGAUCCACUGGGACUGCCUGAUGUAGGGGGACAUCACCCUGUAGAUUUGGCAAAGGUAGAGAGCUCUUUAGAUGGUGAACUGCCUCUUCUUAUACAGGAUCUGCUGGAACAUGAGAAGAAAGAACUUCAAAAGCAGCAACAGCAGCAACAGCUCAGUUCCCUUCAACAGGGAGGCAUGACACCUAAUUUUUCUGGCCUUCAAAAUCAACAGCCAAAUCAACAGGCACUCGGACAGAUAAUGUUACCACAUCACCAUCGACCACCUCCCCAAGCAUUGAUGGCUCAACCAGGGAUGGUACCCCGUGCUCCGCACAUGAUGCAGCAGCAGCAGCAAAGGCUUAUGGGAAGCGGUAUGGCACCACCUCACAUGGCCAUAGCGCAGCAGCAGGCCAUGAUGAGGAUGGGGCAGUCAGGGAUCCAUGCAGGUCACAAUCUUCAACCACAGCCACAGCAAAUGGUUAAACAGUCACCUCUGGUCAACAAUUUCUUUCCAGAUAAAGAAUUAGAAAAAUUUGCUGCUGAUGACAUCAUGGACCCUAUUGCCAAUGCAAAAAUGGUGGCACUUAAAGGUAUCAACAAAGUGUUGGCACAAGAUCCAAUGGUUGGUCCUCCUGGCAUUAACAGGCAACAGGUUUCUUUGCUUGCUCAGAGACUAGCAUCUGCUCCAAGUACAGAUCCUGGUCAACUUACAUCUGUACCUCCAAAGGAGGGAGAAAUGAGCAAUCCCACCCAGUCAAGACCUAAGCCUCCACAAUUUGUGCAAGGAAUAAUCAAUGAUUCAGAACAGCACCAAUAUGAAGAAUGGCUUCUUCACACCCAGCAAUUACUGCAAAUGCAGUUGAAAUUCCUGGAGGAACAGAUUGGAGUUCACCGCAAAUCACGCAAGGCACUGUGUGCUAAGCAACGCACCGCUAAGAAAGCUGGCAGGGAGUUUGCUGAGGCAGAUGCAGAGAAGCUCAAACUGGUUACAGAAGAGCAGAGCAAAAUCCAAAAGCAGCUUGACCAAGUACGGAAGCAGCAGAAGGAGCACACAAAUCUCAUUGCAGAAUACAGGAGCAAGCAGCAGCAGCAUCAACAAGGCUCAGGUCUUCUUACCCCAGGUCAUUCAGCACAGGGAACCUCCCCUCACAUGUUUCCCAGAAUGCCUGGUCAGAUGAUAAUGGGCCAACAGGGAACACCAAUAAUGGGUCAGCACCCUGGUAUGAUGACGCAAGGUGGACUGCCUGUUAGAAUGCCCCAAGGGCAGCCCUUUAUUGGAGGAGCUCAGCCUCCACUUCCUGCGGCUCUUGGAGCUGGUGGUGUCAGAGCCCCAGGCCCUCCUGGAGCUCCAACAGGAUUUUUUCCACAGGGUCCUGGAAUGCAAGGUGCAGACCCCAGACUUCUCCAAGAAAGACAGCUUCAGCAUAGAAUGCAGAUGGCAAAGCUCCAGCAGCAACAACAGCAGCAGCAGCAGGUGACAAUGGGUCAGCAGUCAAUGACACACUCAAAUCAACAGCCAGGCGUGAUCUCUCAGCCACAGUCUGGAAUGAUGGGGAAUCCCCUAAUGGCCCAACAACAAGCAGCCACUCAACAGGGAAUGAUGACCAACCAGGCAAAUCAGCAGGGUAUGGUUCAGGUUCCACAAGGAAUGGUUGGACAGUCGGUUGCUCCACCUCCUCAGAAUCUUGUAGGAGGCCAGCCAAUAAACCACACUCAAGCCAUGAUGGCUGCAGCUCAACCAGGCAUUAUGGGGAACCAGUCCGUUGUAACAACACAGCAACAGAGGCCUCAGCUUAUGAUGGGUCAGCAGGGAGUGGUAGGAGAUCCUGGCCUUAGGGGUCCUCAGACCCAAUUAACUCCGCAACAACAGAGCAUUCUGGCCCAGCGCAUGAUUGCUUCUCAGCAGCAGCAGAAUCUUGCAAAGAAUUUGGCCCACCUUCACCAACAGCAAAUGGCACAGCAAAGACAACCAGCACAAUUGGUCAGUCAACCAAGCCAAGAACCAGGAGGACUCUCCCAACCUUCUACCCCACAGAUGGGCUCCUCACCUUCAACUGGAAGUGUCACGCCCCAGCCACAGGUAGCUACAGACAGCCAGUCCUCAGGCCUCAAAGAGGGUGGGAUUCUGAGCCCUGAUCCAAGAACGCCACCGCAGCACAGUGGACCCUCUACUCCUAAUCAAAUGACUCAACCAAAUUCUGCUAAUGAUCACCAAACUGAAUUUGGACGACAGCAGAAUUCGCAGCAUCAAAACCAGGUUUAUAUGGCCCAGCAGCAACAAUCAAAUCCUCAAUCUGUACCUGAACAGCAAACACAUUUGGUUGGAAACCAACAAACUGGUGCACUACAACAACAACAACAACAACAACAACAACAACAACAACAACAACAGCAGCAACAACAACAACAUAUUCCUCUGUCUCUUCAAAGGCAGAGUUCCCAAAGUGCCGAAGAGCCUAAUUUGAUCACUGUUAAAGAAGAAGGAAACCCAAGUGACUUUUUAGCUCAGCAGCAACACCCACAGCCAACAGCUCAAAUUGCCUUGCAGCAGCCACAAGAUCCCAACAUACAUCAGCAGUUCCUGGUUCAGAACCAUUCUGGUCAGCCACAGCCUGUUAUGAGUCAUAAUCCCCAACAGCAAGCCCUCAUAGCCCAGCAGCAAAAACAACAGGCUAUAAUGGGUAUGAUGAGAGCGCAGCAGCAAGGAUUGAUGGCACAGAGGCCUGGGAUUCCACCUGGUCAGAUCCGCAUCCCAACCAGUAUUGCUCAAAAUCCUCAGUUACGCAAUCUUCCCCCAAACCAGCAGAUGCAGCACAUUCAAGCUAUGAUUGCACAGAGGCAGCUUCAACAGGGACAGGUGUUGCGAAUGUCAGUGGGUCAAGUACAGCAAAGUCAGUUAAGGACUCACAUUCCACCAGGACAGAUGCCACAAGCUGGGCAACAGAUUCCAGGGAUGGAAAACCAACAUAUGUCAUAUGGUGUAAUGGGGAAGCCAGGAGUUGUGGGCAUUCAACAACAGCUGGGCCAACAACCUGUUGUUGCUCCUCAAAUACAACACAGAAUGAUGGUCCCUGGACAACAACAACCACAAGUAGGGGAAAUGAUGCAGCAGCAUAUUAUGAGAGGCCAGGUACCAAUGCCUCGUUCACCCAUGGACCAGGUCCGUAUGAUAAGGCCAACAUCUCCUCGACAGCCAUUGGCUAACUCUCCUGUGGAUCCACAACGACAGACAUUCAAUCAAGCUAUGGGUAUGCGUCCACCUACUCCCAACCAGAGCCAGCAGCAUGCUUUUAUGGCAGCUGCUGCAGGCCGUAUGCAGGGUUCUCCAUCCCAUACAUAUUCUCCAAGAGGUCAGUUCAGAAUGAGCCCAGCCUCACCACAUUCAUCCCAUGUUUCCUCACCUUCUGUAGCUGAUGGUAGGGCUGGAAGGGGUAGUCCAUACAGCCAAGUCAAAGCAUCCCCACUCAGGUCACCUGGAGCCAAGAGUCCACUUGAUUGUCCAGGACUGAAAGUAGAAGUUCAGACGAUGCCAACUAUCCAAAAUGGGCCACAAAAAGGGCUGAUGAUUCAGCAACAGUCACAACAAGUAGCUGAAAGUCAUCUCUCUCACAUGCAUCAUGGCUCCAGAGAAAGUGAGCUAUGCAAGAUGACCCUACAGAAUAUCAAACAGGAACCAAGGGAGGUUCACUGUGAUGGUGCAGCAGAAGCUCAUUCUGGGAUUAUAAAGCGAGAAGCAACCAGUGAGAUGGUUAGUUCAGGGAACAAUGCUACCAUAGUUAAUGCUGGAAAUAUGACUGGAGAUCCUGGAACCCAAGGCCCUAGAUCUGAGACUGGACAGCAGUUACUACAGAAACUCCUGAGAACCAAAAACCUUCAGCUUGGUGCUCAGAGACCUUCUGAUGGUAUCCACAAUGAGAUUAAUGGCCACAUCAACAGCAAACUAGCAAUGCUGGAGCAAAAACUUCAAGGAACUCCACGAAACAUGGAGGACUUGCAGUCCUUAACAAAAAGGGCUCCUGUACAAAAGUCAAAGCGCACCAACAAAGCAACUGCUGACCGUGGACCUAAUGCACGAAAAAAGAAUAAAAAAGAAGAAGUUGGUAAAAGUGCAGAAUCCCUAAUAAAGCAACUCAAACAGGGUCUCUCUCUGCUUCCCCUGAUGGAGCCUUCAAUCACUGCCAGUCUGGAUCUGUUCGCCCCUUUUGGAAGCAGCCCAGCCAAUGGAGAAGCUCAACUCAAAGGAUCAUUUGGAAACGCAGUGCUGGACAAUAUCCCAGACUAUUAUUCCCAGUUAUUAACUAAGAGCAACCUCAGCAACCCACCAACACCCCCAUCCUCCCUGCCACCUACUCCUCCACCCUCAGUACAGCACAAACUAGUGAAUGGGGUGACUCCUGUGGAGGAGCUCUCUGAGGGGCCAAAAGAGAAGGAGCGAACAGAGGAGCCAAUGGAAUCCGUUACAGAAGAGGUUAAGAGUGUUGACAUUCUAGCAGCUCUCCCCACCCCACCACAUAACCAGAAUGAGGACAUCAGGAUGGAGAGUGAUGAUGAUACCCCAGAAAGUAUUAUCCCGGCAUCAUCCCCUGAGAGCACUGUCGGAGAUGAAACACCACGGUUUCCUCAUCUACGGGAGCCUAAAGAGGAGGAGACUGAGAGAGCAAUAUCCCCCAUCAUCCCCCUCAUACCUCGCACCGCCAUACCAGCAUUCCCAGAAAACAAACGCUCAGAAAUGACUGAAAGCAAAGUAGUUUCCACAUCCAAUAACUGGGACAAGGCCAAAAGCAACGAGGUGUCCGUUACCUUCACAUUGUCCUCUGCUGCAGCCAAGAAACUGAAUCAUGUGGUGAUGGCCAUGGCUCAGUUGCUCAACAUUAGAAUGCCUGGUUCUUAUGAGGUGACUUUCCCUCCCCAAGACCCCAACAUGCCUGCAGCGGAUGGGCCUGGGAAGGGGCCUGGUCAAUCAGGGGUUCUGUGUACAAAAGAUGGUUCUUCACCCUCUCAGGAUGAGUGGCUCAGGCAGUUUGACGUGUCUCUACCAGGCUGUACAUUGAAGAAACAAGUGGACAUUCUGGCACUUAUUAAACAGGAAUUCCCAGAUAAAGAAGAUAGGCCAGUCCAGCACUGCUACACGACCAAUGUCAAUGACUUGGAUGUACGCCAUCUUCCUAUUAUACCACUUGAGGAAUCUCCACCUCCUUCUCCAUAUCCUCCACAACCUCCCACACCUGUCCCAGUUCCAACUAUGGAGGACGAGUCUUCCAAAAAAUCUGUCCCUCCAUCCCCCUCUCCUCUCAGCCCCACCAGUGUCCAGAUCAAGAUUAAGCCUGAACAGGAUGAUCUCUCCAUUGAUUCUAUAAAACCUCCUGAUGUCAUACAAUCUCAAGUUGCUGCUCCAGAGUCGGACACUGAUUCAGCAACUACUUUAGCGGUCUCUGAUCCCCCUGCUCCUCCUGAAGGUCUGAUCCCUGUUGCCAAGGAGGAGGACUCUGCUCCUGAUAUAGAUCAGCCACCCGAAGAUUCUCUCAGCAUCAUGGGCUCUUCCUCUAAGGCUCUCAAGCACCGCAGACCUUUGUCUCCUGAUGACCAGGUGAUACAUCUCAAAGUGAAAAAAUGGAAGGGGAUCCGCUGGAAGCGUCUUCCGAUUGUCAUCACAAUACGCAAGGGUGGGUCUAAGAAAGAGAGCAGCCGUGAAGUGUCUGAGCUGAUGGAACGCUUGCGCAUUACUCUGAGACCAGACAAGUUGCCUCGUGAUAAACGUAAAUGCUGUUUCUGCCAUGAGGAAGGUGACGGAGCCACAGAUGGGCCUGCCCGUUUACUUAACAUUGAUGUGGACCUGUGGGUGCACCUUAAUUGUGCCUUGUGGUCCACAGAAGUGUAUGAAACACAGGGGGGUGCCCUUAUGAAUGUGGAGGUAGCAUUGCGUCGCGGAUUGCGGACUCUUUGUGCUUACUGCCAGAAGACAGGUGCCACCAACAGCUGCAACAGACUGCGUUGCCCGAAUGUCUACCACUUUGCUUGUGCCAUCCGUGCACGCUGCAUGUUCUUCAAGGACAAGACCAUGUUGUGCACUCAGCACAAGCUGAAGGGCCCCAGUGAAGACGAACUAAGUGCAUUUGCUGUUUUGCGGCGUGUCUACAUUGAGCGCGAUGAGGUGAAGCAGAUCGCCAGCAUCCUACAGCGGGGUGACCGUAUCCACCUGUUCCGUGUUGGUGGUCUCAUCUUUCAUGCUGUUGGCCAGUUGCUACCCUCCCAAAUGUCCAACUUCCACUCAGCCACAGCCAUCUUUCCAGUUGGCUAUGAGGCAACACGCAUCUACUGGAGCACCCGAGUUCCCAACAAGCGCUGUCGCUAUCGUUGCCGCAUCAACGAAGAUGAGGGUCGCCCUCUUUUUGAGGUUCGCGUUCUGGAGCAUGGCAUGGAGGAUUUGCACUAUCACGACACCACACCUGAUGGUAUCUGGAGUAGAGUCAUUCAGCAGGUGGCUAAACUCAGAGAUGAAACAUCCAUGUUGAAGCUUUUUACUGAACACCUCAAAGGAGAGGAGAUGUACGGCCUCACGGUUCACGCCGUCAUGAGAAUCACGGAGUCGUUGCCUGGAGUAGAAAACUACUGCCAGAACUAUCAGUUUCGAUAUGGUCGUCACCCUCUGAUGGAGCUCCCUCUGAUGAUCAAUCCCACUGGCUGUGCUCGCUCUGAGCCCAAGGUCAACACACACUGCAAGAGGCCUCACACUCUAAAUAGCACCAGCAUGUCAAAAGCCUACCAGAGUACGUUUACUGGUGAGCUCAAUACGCCAUACAGCAAGCAGUUUGUCCACUCCAAGUCCUCGCAGUAUCGGCGCCUGAAGACGGAGUGGAAGAACAACGUGUAUCUGGCACGAUCUCGCAUUCAGGGCCUGGGUCUGUAUGCUGCUAAGGAUCUGGAGAAGCACACCAUGGUCAUCGAGUACAUUGGUACCGUCAUACGCAACGAGGUGGCCAAUCGCCGUGAGAAGAUCUAUGAGGAACAGAACCGUGGGAUCUACAUGUUCCGCAUCAACAAUGAGCAGGUGAUUGACGCAACUCUGACAGGAGGCCCAGCUCGCUAUGUCAACCAUUCCUGUGCCCCCAACUGUGUUGCAGAGGUCGUAACCUUUGACAAAGAAGACAAGAUUAUCAUCAUUUCCAGCCGCAGGAUCCCCAAGGGGGAAGAGUUGACUUAUGACUACCAGUUUGAUUUUGAGGAUGAUCAGCACAAGAUCCCUUGCCAUUGUGGAGCUUGGAAUUGCCGUAAGUGGAUGAACUAAUGAGAAGAACGAGAACUGUGGGGGAGCUCCCUCCUUCCCUUCUCGCUGGUGCCAGAACACUCCUGCGCCAAAGCCUUUGAAUCCUAUAUAGCCAGUGCAUAAGCUGUGGUGAAAGCUGUGGAUGGAGGAAGGCUGGCCUCUGUCAUUUUUGAAAGACUAAAAGGGUGACUCCUGUAGCCAAAGGUUUGAAGAGCAUUAAUCAAUAAAAGAAAAGCAACCUGAUCACCUCCGUCAGCAGCAGCUCGAUGGCGGGACUGACUUCUAUGUUUGGACUCGUGAAACCACCCUUUUCUCCUCAGCCAAAACCCUUUUCCCCUCUUUGACUGUUCUCAAUAAGCUUACAGCGGCUGGAAAACAAUCCUCAACAUCUACCAAAUGAUUCUGAUCCUCUGAUAACAAUACUUGUAGUGCAGGGCUCAUCUUGAGCUUCAACAACAACGACAACAAAAAAGCCAUUUUAAAAUACUAAUGAACUAAUGAUGCAUUUUUAUGUUUUAAAUCGGACCUACUCCCUGUCCCAUCUAACCACACACCACACCCCCACCACCCUUUACCUCCCAGAAAAAGGCACUUUCCCAUCAAGUCAUCAAUGAAGACAACACGGAUAUUGGCUAGCUAGACAAUCUCGAUGUGGCUCUGUGUAAGAACUACAUAUGAUCAGUGGAGACGAGGGGGAGGAAAAAAAAAAAAAGAUGAUGUAAGUUAAUAUAAAAAUUUGAGAUGCUAUUGAUCUGUGGCUCCAGAGGCACCAGAUGUUCUGACUGCGUGGCGUCUCAUGGUGGGUUAUUUGGACCCAGUCUACCUCAUUGAUUUAGCGGGAAGUGACUGCUUUGUAUGAAAACUGUUAACUGCUACUGUGGAACCCGGGGGGGCGGGGUGGGGGGGAGGGGGGGGAGAGAAGGGAGGGAAUGUUUUUACGGGCUUAGCCUUCUCGGACAAGCAGGGAAUUCUUAAGCAGCAGGUUUGCUCUAUCUACUCUAUGCUGAUGGUAAUUUACAGAAAUGAGCCAACAUAAUUAUUAUUCAUUAAUUAUUUAUACAGAGGAAUUAUGUGACCGUUUUGAUAAGAUAAUGCAUUAAUAUCACAAUCAGACGCUUCAUGGGUGUCCCGUAUGCCACCAAAUCAUCCUGGAUAUUGAUGUAGCUUCUUCCUUCUUCUUUUUUUUUUUUUUGUUGUGGUUUUUGUACUUUUUAUUUAUGCGUUUUAAAACCAUUACUAUUACCUGUGUGAAAGCACAAUAACAUCUGUUGUGUGAGUCGCUCCAGGCAGUGACGGUGUGUGUGUGUGUGAGAGAACGGCUCUAGAGUCACUGGGCGCUAAAAGUCCAGAUUUAUCCAAGUACACAUUUUGCUUGUCAACGCUUCAUCCCAUUGAAGAUCCACUUGUUGAAAACCAGCCGGUGGACACAUGACUACUGUCCCCAUUUAAUGCUUUUUAUUCCCCCGGGAAAAUAGAAAAACUAUAGUCUUUUCAUGGCUCAAGCUUACACUUUGAAUCAUGUCUCUUCCUCUCUGUAUUAUUUCAUAGACUGUUGUUAAAAACUUUACUGUAGUAAGUCUUCCUCUGCCUGUGAACAGCCUGCAGUGUUUCUACUUCCCUCUGUAGUGUGCUUUUCUAGUGCUGGUACUGUCCUUUCGAGGCUGAACUGAUGGCAGGGAAAGACUUAUUGGAAAAAAGGGCAUUUGUUUUCAUUUCUUUGUAAAGAUGAAUGAAAAAAAGUCUUUAAAAGGGAGCUUUACUGAAAACUCCACCUUCCCAUACUACUUUGUUUCCUCCCUACUUCUAACUUAAGACCUCACAUGAUUUUAAAAAUGCAAAGUUGUACAAACUGUGUAUAUAUUAUAUGCAUUAGGGGGACAAGUCUUUAUCCAGCCCCUUUGUAAUCAAUAAAGUCAAAAAGUGUAGAGAAAUAAAAUUGGAAAAAAAGAAAUAAAUCAACCACUGGAUAUCCUUUUAACAAAGAUAAAGCUGUACAUAAAUAUAAAUAUAUGUAAAAUGGCAAACUAAUAUCUUUAUGUAUAUGAACCAGAGUGUUUUGCAUUUACUUGUUUUUUCUAUUAGUGUUUUUGCUAUAAGCUCUCAGAGAAAACGUUUGUUAAACUAGGUUUGGUCUUCUAUCAGCUGCGAGGAGAAGCCGAGGUGAUUCGGGGGAGGAAACCGCCUCCCCCCCCCCAAGUCUUUUCAUCGAGACAUGAAAAUCACUUCUCGCUUAAAAGCAGUACAACGGUGAAUAGCAUUUGUAUUUAAUGUAAUAUUGUCCGUGUUUAUUUUUUCAUUUUAUUUAUGCUACUGCUUGUCAAUUACCAAAACCUGUCCCUGAAUCGGUCCCAAUUGGAUGAAUAUACUCUUGAAUGGAAAAUCUUGAACUCCCUAGAAUGUUGUGUUUUGCUUUUUUCUAUCUUCCCUAUAGAAGUGAAUGUGUUGGUAAACCUUGUGAAAUGUUUACUUGGCCUCAUGUAUGUUAUGACGUAAUACUCAAAAGUUAAUCCCAUACUUAACCUGGUAAUGAAUUGCACUCUCAUAGUAUAACGGAGAACUUCUCUAAAGUGGUAGAUAUUGAUUGAGUAUCCGAUGCAGUGAUAUAUAUAUAUACAUAUAUAUAUAUAUUUUUUGGUAUGUUUCUAUUUCAAGGGAAGACCAUGACGAGACAUUAUGCCGCUCACUGGAUUUUAGAAUGAAUCAUUUUUAACUUCUCUGAAUCUUAAUUUAAGUUCUCUGCAUAUCUUUUAAUUUAAUAAAGUUUGCUCGAAUUGAAGGGUUUUUUUUGUUUGUUUUUUUUUUAAAAAAACCUCUCCUACUUUAAAGAGAGAAAAAAAUAUGUUGCAUCUGUACAGCAGAGAUACCUUUAGGGACUAUGAAUAAAUAUAAUGAUCAUUUUCAUUGUAUGUGGCAUGUUUUGUAUGGAUAUUAUUUUGAAUUGUACAUAUUUUUUUCAGGAUGCCAGAGGUUGCAUCUCUUUAUAUACAGCUUUACCACUCCCUUCUCCCCUUCAUCUUAUUUCUUUGUCUGCUUUUGUUGUAAAGGAAAAUAAAAUGCAUUUUAAAUAUG